CUCAAACUCGGAAUCAAACCACCACCACCACCACCAUAAUCAUUCAUCUGCUACCCACAUCCUAACGCUACCGCGCGCUCUUUCUCUUGUGCUGACCGCGGCACGGAUAUCUGUACAAAUCAUUUGUCUAUCCAAGUCCAUCAUAAGGCGAACGACAACCACUGAGACGCGAAUUUAAUUUCACAAAUGGCUGCACGUCCACCUAAUAUCAUCGGGAAUUGGUGGUUGGGUGAGAAUCUCGGGUCGGGCUAUUCAGGCUCAAUUUGGCGCGCCCAGAACAUUCACAAUGGCGAGGUUGUCGCCUUGAAGAUCCAGGACGUGAAUCAUGAGUGUCCAACUAACCGAUACGAACGGCAUUUCUACCCUUCGUUGCAAGGCGGAAAGGGCAUGCCUACUCUUUGGGCGGCCGGUGUAGAAGGAAAGUGGGACUACCUUGCCAUCGAUCUCCUCGGAUCCAGUCUGGAUAGUUUGUAUCGUAAGAGUGGGAAGGAAACCAUGGACCUGAGGAGUGUCUGUUGCAUCGCCAUGCAAGUGAUAGCAAGACUAGAUUUCAUGCAUUCCCGAGGCAUUCUGCAUCGAGAUAUCCAGCUAGCCAACUGCACUAUCGGCCUUCCGCCUCAUGAGAAGACGAUCUACAUGAUUGAUUUUGGUUUCUCGAAACGUUAUAUUGAUCCACGUACCCACCGGCAUAUACCUGAAAGCAAAGAAAAGCGAGAUUUCAUCGGCAAUUAUUGGUUUAGUUCUGUCGGUGUUCAUUGCCGUGGAAAGGUGCCGUCGCGCCGCGACGACAUGGAAGCUGCCGCUUUGAUGUUAAUUCACUUGGUCACCCCUCGCGGCCUGCCUUGGACACGUAAUGGCGUUCCGAAGACAGAUGACGCCCAUGAGCAAUUGAAGAAAAUGAAAAGGAGCGCCCGUCCUGAAGACCUCUGUCAAGGGAUACCCUCAGAAUUCGAAGAAUUUUUGAGAUAUUGUCGACGGUUAAAAUUUAUGGACUGUCCUGAUUAUGGACGGUGGAUAAACGAAUUCAGGGAGCUCGCUAUUGCAGAAGGUUUCCCAUCGAGUGAUGAUUUCAUAUGGCCGCCUCCGGCCCCUAGGGUCGUUCGCGCUCCUCGCCGUAGUACCGCCCCAGCACCAGAAGAGAUGGAGCAGAUAUUGAACGGCUUGGGCAACCUCAACCUUGGAGACCGCGUCGUUCUUGGUGACAGACGCAACAUUGACAAUGCCAUUCAAAAGGCCAGACACGAAGUUCAUAGACCUGAGCCUGAUCAUUGUAUUGUCAUCAGCAGUGACUCGGAGGGUGACACCGCCAACCUUGCCACGCCAAAAGCGCAGAAACUGAACAAACUUACGAAGAGAGCCUUGGCCGCUAUUGAUAACGCGACAUUAUCCGAUAUUGUCUCCGAGUUCUCGCGUGUUCUCAAAUCCUAUACUUCCCGAAGUCUAACCAAAGAAGGUUUCGCAUUCCUUGACGCGUUGUACAAGCAGCUCGAGGAUCCAUCUGUUUUUGACGCGACACCAUUAAGGACAUCAAGAUCAAAGUCGCAAAACGUCCAGCAAAAACGAGAGCCCAUGCUUGCGAAACUGGGAGUUGUGGCGAGGCUACGCCGUGAAGUGAGCGUAGUUUCUAGCAACAAGCAGCUCGCUGCUAUGGUAGAAGACUUUGGUAGAGUUACGAACCGCAGCAACGGUCGGACUGUGACAAAGGAUGGCUUUGCAUUUUUGGAAGGGCUAGCAGAGCAACUUAGAGUCAUUCGAUGAACAAUAUAUUUAUCGUACCAUUUUAUUGUAAAGUGUGUAAGAUGAUGGGAAAUGGAGCUUUCUGGGUUGGCCGGGCCAAAUAUCUUUUGCAGGGCCCUAUAAUACU